AUGACUGUCAGGUCAACUGGCCUCCCCAGAUUCUCCAUAGGUCUGCGGUCUCCUCACCAGCUCUGCUGUUCCCUGCAGGAGUUUGAGCGGCAGAAACAGGCUCACAGCUUCCUGCAGUUCCAGUUCGAUGAGCUGAAGGAAACCCUGAAGCAAAGCGAAGAGCUGCUGAACGAGAUCCGCCAGCUGCGGCUGAAGCAGGACGGUUACGUUAGGGAAAUGUCCGACCUCCAGGAGACGGUGGAGUGGAAGGAUAAAAAGAUCGGGGCGCUGGAGCGGCAGAAGGAAUACUCAGACGCCAUCCGCACGGAGCGGGAUGAGCUGAGGGAGGAGGCGGUGAAGCUGAAGGAUAUUCUGAAGAAACACGGGAUAGUGCUGGGACCGGACCUGAACAUCAACGGAGACGCCGGGCCGUCGGAGGUGGACGGGUCAGCUGGAGCGGAGCGGCCGGCCCAGGCGGCUCCCGCGGACGGAAACGGCGUCCUGGGCAGCACAGAGGAGUUGAGGGCUUGCAGAGAGGAAGACGUGGCUCCAGAGCAGCAAGAAGAAACACUGGAGGACGUCAAAGAGAAUCACUUGAGCUGCGGUGGACAGGCUCCAGAAGCCCAGACCUGCUUUCCCUCUGAGAAAAGUCACCUCGACGGUCAAAUAACCGUAGAUCCGAUUGAUCGUCCAGACCCUAAAGCGAAAGCCGUAAUCGUUGUCAGCCAAGAUCUUCAGCAGCUCCAGACAUCUGGAGAAACGGAAACGUCUGAGGUUGAUUCCAUCAGUCAUCCAGGUUUAACCGAAACCCAAAGCACCGGCACUGAAGCACCUGGUGGUGACCUUUCAGGAGGUCAGGAAAGCAAACAGGAAGUUGUUACGACAGAACCUUUAGCUAAACAAGCUGUUCCAGUUGGACUGAACUCCGAACCUCAACAAGAGCCUGAGGAGGCAGAAAACGACGAUGCUGAGGAAACGGCGGGUAAGUCCCAGGCUCAGGUCUCUACCGCGUCAGGGAAGAAGAAGAAAAGGAAGAAGAAGGGAAAGAAAAAAGGAGGAACUCAUGAAAACAAAGACCAACAAAAAGCUGGAACCGAGAAGCCAAAUGAAAAGGCCAGAAAGGAUUCAGUCGGACAGAACAACGGGCUCACAGCAGAACAGGAUACCAGUGGAUCCACUGCUAGACCUCAAGACGACCAACAACCUGAGAAAGUAAAAGAUCUGGAGCCCCCUGAAAAUGUUUCCACCAAGGAAAAUCUGCAAGAGCCGAACACAGAUCCGGGUUCAGAAGGUCACAACCAAGAGAAAUACACAAACACCAAGAUGUCGGAAGGAGCUGAUGUUCUGGGAUCAACCCCGGUGCUUCGUCUUGGAGUGGAGAUCGUUGAUGAUGCGCAGAACGAGGAGGGUGAAGGUCCAGAAAAGCCACAUGAAGGUUCUGCUGUUGAAAUCCUCAAGGAAUCCGAAAUCACUGGUCCUGAUCAAGAAGGUGAUCUCGUCACAUGUAAGAGCAAAGAUGAUCCUGAUUCGAGUGAAGAUACCCCUACAAGAGAAGACACCUCAGGUCUCCAACCGUCAACCACAGAUCAUGUUUCAGGGGGUGAAGGGAAAACCGGAAACACGGAGACGUUGGAACAAAGUGAUGCUGUGGGAUCUUCUGAAACAUGUUGUCAGAUUGGAGCGAGAGCAGAACUUUCUGAGGACGAACAGAACGAGGAAACGUCUCCAACAGCCAAAGAAACUGCAGAACCCCCUGAAGGAUUGCUCCAAGAUGAACAACUGGAAGAAUCUGUUCCAGAGGCCAAGAUGGCCGACGGUGAUGCUAGAGAAACAAAUCUGCCCUCAAACGAAGGCGAUGAAGGUCCAAACGAACWCCUUCCAUCGUGUGAAGAUCGCGCUGCCACCCCAGCCUUCCAGGAACCCAACAAUGAUCACGUUUCAGGAGACCAGGAAGAGGAAACUGAUGCUGUGGAAUCACCUGAGACUCCAGAUGAGGAGCUUGUUGAGGUUCUGCAGAACCAGAAAGAAACUUCAGACCCAGAGAAACAUGAAUCAGUGCUGCAAACCACAGAAACUUCCCAAGCUGAAACAAUCAAGGGGCCCAAUGUGUCUGAAACGGCUGAAGAUGUUAAAGAGAUGGAAUCUGAAACCGGCUCUGAUCGAGGAGCARACCUGCUGAGUGAAGAUCCUGAAGAGGCGUUUCCUCCAGACAGCUCGUCACCAGAAGACGUCGCUGCUGUCCAAAACGUCCGCACCACGCCAGAAUCAAUGGAUAGAGACGAGACGAUGAUUAACAACCCUGAAAGCAUCGUUGAGUCGGCUGGUGAAGAGCAUGAUGGAGUUCCUGAAAUUAAUGAGGAAACAUCAUCAGCAAACGAUGACGCCGGAGAUCAACCCGAAACCUCGCCAACCUCAAACAGCCCCAAGCCCUGCAUGAGGGAACCAGAGGAGGCAGCUGAGCCAGACGAUGGAGAGCCAGAGGUCGAGACCUCUGAAGAAAUCUGCCCACAUGAUGAAGAGUUGAAUGGAGGAGGAGAACCUGAAGAUCCACUGUUACACAUGAAAGACGAGCUGGAGUUAGCAGAUCUAACCAAAGCAGAAACUGGAGAUACUGGUUCUCCUCCCAAAGAGGCGCAGAAGGAAGCUGAACGCCCAGAGCCUGAAGAUUGUCCAAACACCGAGGAGGUCAACUCUCCUCAAGGUGCUGAGCAGGUGAAGGAGUCCAUGGAGGAACCUGAGGGGGAUGAUUCACCUCCACACGUUCAGCUGGUCAGCGACGAGGACGCCGGAGAGGAAGACGAAGGACAGUCUUUUGAUUUUGAUGACUCGGAUGUGGAAGCAGCUGUUGAAUCUGCUCUGUCCAACAAACUGGAACAGGAAGAUGUUGAGAAAGGAGCUGAAGUCAACAGGAAGAGUUCAGAGCUUUGCCAAAGUAAGGCGGAGACAAAGACAGAAGAUGGCGAGGAGAAGGUUUCCGAGGAUGACGAUGGCAAAGUUGAUCAGCCUUCAAACGACCUGCCGUGUGGAGACAACACGCCUGAAAAGGUUGAAAAUGUUCCAGAGAGCAUCGAGCAGAAAACGUCCCCAACGGUUGAGGACGGGUUAGAUGCCACCGAGGUUCCUUCAGAUCCACAAAAGACUCCAGAACUAACCGAUGGCGCCAAAGAGGGACCGCAGGCAGGGAAAGACCCAAAGAAGAAGAAAGGCAAAGGGAAGAGUAAAGAGGACUGUAAGAUGUCUUAGUUGGUCUGGGACAACAGGGUCCAACACUCAGCUAACCCAAAGUCAGACUCCUUGAAGUUCCCAUCCCAGACCAACCAGCUGCUUGGUUCUCCGUCUCUGGUCUGCAUGGCCCAAACCACAGCGAUGUGGCGUAAAGCGCCCUCUGCUGGAGACUUCAGCUCUCUACAAGUUGUCAGAAUAUUUAAAGUCCUCUCAGCACUUUGAUGUUUUCCUGUAUGAACUGAAUGUAAGAGAAGCUGAGUGACCAGAACUGUUCAUCUCUGGUUUAUUGAACUGAUAUCGUGUUUGCCGUGUUUCCACUGCCUUCAUGGUGUAACUGUAGACAUUCAGGCCAAAGCAGCUUCUGCAUGUUUUUCUCUGUUUCCCUGGAGACUCUCUGGAGUUCAGAAUGACUUUGAUUUUGUUUGCAUCUUGUUGCACUAAACCGUUGAAUCCUGCUGUUACCGUUGCUCUGAAUAAACUGAAACUUUGUGACGAA